AUGAAUAUAACUAAUAAGUUUCAACAUACACAGAUACAAGGACAACCACCAUCAAAUUUGCAGGCGCAACAAAUUUUGUUGCUGCAACUCCACCAGGGUCAAGCUCAGCAACAGCAGCAGCAGCAGCAGCAGCAGCAGCAGCAGCAGCAAUCAUCUGCUGGGGUACUUGGGUCAGGAUUCCAGCCCAGUGACAAUUUCGGUGAAAGUUUGAACCAAAAUAUUUAUCAAAGUAGUUACCAAAAUGCCCAGCCAUCAUUGCAGCAACAGUUUUUCCCACAAUUUCAACAGUCGCAACAGCAACCAUCUCAGCAAGCUAACAAUGCACUGCAAUUACAGCAACCUUAUCAACCAGCACAGCAGAUGGUACGCCAGACUUCACAUUUUCAGCAACAGCAACAACAACAACCUAACCUGCAGCAGUUUUACAAUCAACAGCAAGCUUCAGUCCUCCAACAACAACAAAUUCAACUUCAAUCAGCUCAUCAACAACAACAGUCUUUGCUCAGUAUGAAUUCUAUAAAUGUGGAUAAUCCAAAUUCUGUUUAUUGGCAACAUCAACAACAAUUAUGUCAAAUAUCGAGAGGAUCGAAUGUGCCUCAUUAUUACGCCAGGCAAUAUGCAUCCAAUUCAAGAAAGGCAAAGAAUCCAUAUAGUGAAGUUAAAUCUGUGGGAUUGGUGGAAGCCACAAGGUCUAUGGUAGCAAGUCUUGAAGACGAAGAAGAGAAAAAGAAGAAACCAAUAAAUUACCAAGGCACUCCAACCACGUCAGCUGCAUUGUUACACAAUAAGAAAUCAACACAAGAUAUUUUUGAAGAUGAUUCAAUGGAAGAACAAAGAAUGAGACUCAAGACUCAAGGUAAACAGUUGUGGUGUCAGUUAGAUUUGAGUGGACAAGGAUUGGUUAAUAUCUCAUCAAAGUUGUUUCAUUACGAUUUUUUGGAGUCCUUGUAUUUGAGUAACAAUAAAUUGAAUGCUAUACCAUCGAGCAUAAGCAAGUUGAGAAACUUGAGAACGUUAGAUUUAUCUCAUAAUAGAAUUAACGAAUUACCGGAAGAAUUGGGGUUGUGUUUUAAUUUAAGAUACUUGUUUCUUUUCGAUAACAACAUCAAGACAUUGCCUUAUUCUUUUGGGAACAUGAUUGAAUUAUUGUUUAUUGGUGUUGAGGGUAAUCCACUAGAACCCAGAAUUGCCAAUUUGAUUGCAGAAAAGGGAACCAAGGAACUAAUUGCCACUUUGAGAGAUCAAACUACUGUCACAAGAACACCAAAACCAAGAGGCUGGUUGACAUUAGAGGACGACGGUGAAGUUGUUGACUCCAAUGAAGUAUACAAAAUUGAACCAGAGUCUAGUGACAACUUUACUGUGUUGUCUUACAAUACGCUUUGUCAGCAUUAUGCUACUCCCAAGAUGUACAAAUUUACUCCUUCGUGGGCAUUAGAUUGGGAUUACAGAAAAAAUUUGUUGCAGAAAGAAGUAUUGGGUUACAGUACGGAUAUUAUUUGUAUGCAAGAAGUGGAAACAAAAACAUUCAAUGAAUUCUGGCUUCCAGUCAUGACUGCAAAUGGUUACAAAGGGUACUUUUUUUCUAAGACGAGAUCCAAAACUAUGAAUGAAGCCGACUCAAAGAAAGUAGACGGGUGUGCUACUUUUUUUAAGAAUGACAAGUUCUCAUUGGUCCAUAAACAAAAUUUUGAAUACAAUAGUGUCUGCAUGGGGUCAGAUAAGUAUAAAAAGACCAAAGAUUUGUUUAAUAGGUUCAUGAAUAAGGAUAAUAUUGCAUUGAUCUCGUAUCUUCAACAUAAGGAAUCGGGUGAGAAAAUUGCGGUUGUCAAUACUCAUUUGCAUUGGGACCCUGCAUUCAAUGAUGUGAAAGCAUUACAGGUUGGUAUCUUGUUGGAGGAAUUGCAAGGCAUUAUUAAAAAAUAUCGUCAUACAAAUUCUAAUGAAGAUAUCAAGAACUCUUCUAUAAUCGUUUGUGGCGAUUUUAACUCGGUAAAGGAUAGUGCAGUUUACCAAUUGUUUUCCACUGGUGCAUCUAAAGGUCAUGAAGAUAUGAAUGGUAGAGAUUACGGCAAGUUUACAGAAGAGGGAUUCCAUCAUCCGUUCAAAUUAAAAUCGGCAUAUGAAACUGUAGGCGAACUACCUUUUACCAAUUUGACUCCUGCUUUUACCGAUAAUAUUGAUUAUAUAUGGUAUUCAACGCCAACUUUGCAAGUGAAAGGUUUGCUUGGAAGGGUUGAUGAAGAAUACACUAGUCAUUCUAUUGGAUUUCCUGAUGCCAACUUUCCGUCCGAUCAUGUUCCCAUUUUAGCCAAGUUCCAUUUGAAAAAAGGUAAGAAGUACCACUCUGUAUAG